AUGAAAUGCAAUAAGGAUGAAGCUAGAAAAGCAAUGGAAAUUGCUGAGAAGAAGAUUUCAGAGAAUGAUUACAACGGAGCGAAGAAAUUUGUUGAAAAGGCUCAGACUUUGUAUCCGCAGCUUGAUGGUUUGGAACAAAUGUCGAUGAUCAUCCAUGUUUUCAUCUCCGCGUCAAACAAGAUCGACACCGGAGGAGGAGGACGAGAAGAAACUGAUUGGUACGGAGUUCUCUGUGUAGAUCCUUCAGCUGAUGAAGAAGCAGUGAAAAAACAAUACAAAAAGUUAGCUCUUUUGCUUCAUCCUGAUAAGAAUAGGUUUAAAGGCGCGGAAGAUGCGUGUAAGCUGGUUUUAGAAGCUUGGUCUCUGUUAUCUGACAAGGUCAUGAGAACUGCUUAUGAUCAAAAGAGGAAGUCGAAUGAAGUAAAGAUGCAGAAACCACCUAAUCCACAAAAGCCUUCAGCUUCUUCUAAUGUGGAUCCGAGUGCUAAUGCUACAAGUAAUAGUAAGCCUGCUCCUGCGCCUGAGAAUUCAUCAGAACAGAGUAAAGGCGGUGCCUUUUGGACAUUGUGCAAUGAAUGCAAGUCACUAUGCGAAUAUCUGAGGGAUCUUUACCUCUACAAGGUCGUACGCUGUCCAAACUGUGAUAAGACUUUCAUUGCUACCGAGAACAGUUUCUGGGGAAAGAUUAUGAGGGAAGUCGACUUGAGAUUAGCUCUUCUUAGACAACGAGAAAAAAACAAGAAAACAAACGGAGCUUCUUCUUUUGGGACAAGUUAUCAGACGCAGGAACCACCAAAUGCAUACAAUAAGCCAGCUUCUUCUAACUGGAAUCAAAAUGCAAGCCACGGUGUGGAUCCGAGUGCUUACGCUACAAGUAACAACCAUGCGCCUCCUCCUUCUCCUGCCCCUGCCCCUGCCCCUGUGAAGCCAUCAAAAGAGAUUAGAGCUGGUUACUUUUGGACAUUGUGCAAUGGAUGCAACACACUAUGCGAGUAUUGGCGGGAUCGUUAUCUUAACAAAACCAUACGUUGUCCAAACUGUGGUCACACUUCUAUUGCUACAGACUAUAAUUUAUGGGGAAAGGUUAUGAGGGAAGUCGACUACACACUCUUUCUUGUUCUACAACAACAGCAACAGCGGAGUGCCCAGAACACAAGUGGUGGUACUUAUUAUCCGUCAGCGUCAGUACCGGCCAAUGGAACCCUAGAAAUUUUGGAAAAAAUAUUUGGCAUAUUAGAUGAAGCGCUUGCUGCCGCAGUUGUGGGGUAUUUCCUAUGA